AUGCCUCCGAGUUUACUUGAAAAUAUCAAAGAAGGCACAUAUGGGUUUGUGUAUGGUGUAUCUGGUCCUGUUGUGACCGCUGAAAAUAUGGCUGGUUCUGCCAUGUACGAACUUGUGCGAGUCGGGCAUUCAGAGCUGGUCGGUGAAAUUAUUCGGCUGGAGGGCGAUUAUGCUACCAUUCAGGUUUACGAGGAAACAUCUGGAGUUACUAUUGGUGACCCUGUAUUACGUACUGGGAAACCGUUAUCAGUUGAACUUGGGCCUGGUAUUAUGGGUUCAAUUUUUGAUGGUAUUCAGCGCCCCCUUAAGGGGAUUGCUGACCUUACAGAGUCAAUUUAUAUUCCCAAAGGUGUUAAUGUUAAUGCCCUGUCUUCUGAAGCACGUUGGGAUUUUGAACCAAACAAGAAGCUGCGUGUCGGUGACCACGUAACUGGUGGUGAUGUAAUCGGAGUUGUACAAGAAAAUCAACUUAUUAAACACAGAAUUCUUCUGCCACCUACAUCCUGUGGCACAAUUACGUUUUUAGCAGAUAAAGGGCAAUAUACUGUUAAGGAUAUUGUCUUAGAGGUUGAGUUUUCUGGAGAAAAGACUAAGUUCCCUAUGUUGCAAGUGUGGCCAGUUCGUCAGCCACGUCCAUGUGCCGAGAAGCUGGCAGCGAAUUAUCCACUUCUUUGUGGCCAACGAGUUUUGGACGCACUGUUCCCUUGCGUGCAGGGUGGUACUACUGCUAUUCCUGGUGCUUUCGGGUGUGGAAAGACUGUAAUUUCACAAUCACUAUCAAAGUUUUCCAAUUCUGAUGCUAUCAUUUACGUUGGUUGCGGUGAACGUGGGAAUGAAAUGUCUGAGGUACUUCGUGAUUUUCCGGAAUUGACGAUGGAGGUUGAUGGUGUUACAACAUCUAUCAUGAAACGUACUGCUCUCGUAGCAAAUACAUCAAACAUGCCUGUGGCUGCUCGUGAAGCUUCAAUUUACACUGGUAUCACUCUUGCUGAAUACUUCCGUGAUAUGGGCUUGAAUGUCGCUAUGAUGGCUGACUCAACUUCUCGAUGGGCUGAAGCCCUUCGUGAAAUUUCAGGGCGUUUGGGUGAGAUGCCUGCCGAUUCUGGUUAUCCUGCGUACUUAGCAGCUCGUUUAGCAUCAUUCUAUGAACGGGCUGGCAAAGUUAGAUGCCUGGGUAAUCCUGGAAGAGACGGUUCUGUUACCAUUGUAGGAGCUGUCUCGCCCCCUGGUGGUGAUUUUGCAGAUCCUGUGACGUCUGCAACUUUGGGUAUUGUGCAAGUGUUCUGGGGUCUCGAUAAAAAGUUGGCACAGAGGAAACAUUUUCCAUCUAUCAAUUGGUUGAUUUCUUACAGUAAGUAUAUGAGAGCACUGGAUGACUUUUAUGAGAAGAAUUACCCAGAGUUUGUAGCUUUGCGUACAAAAUGCAAGGAAAUUUUGCAGGAAGAGGAAGAUCUUUCUGAAAUUGUGCAGCUGGUUGGUAAGGCGUCUCUGGCAGAAUCUGAUAAAAUCACUUUGGAGGUAGCGAAGCUUCUAAAAGAUGACUUCUUGCAGCAGAACGGUUACACUCCAUAUGAUCGGUUUUGUCCAUUUUAUAAGACAGUCGGCAUGUUAAAAAAUAUGAUCGCCUUCUAUGACCUUGCUCGACAUGCUGUAGAGGUAACAGCUCAAAGUGAAAAUAAAAUUACUUGGGCAACCAUCAGAGAUCAUAUGGGUGACUUAAUGUAUCAGCUGUCUUCAAUGAAGUUUAAGGAUCCAGUCAAAGAUGGGGAGGAGAAGAUUAAAAAAGAUUUUGACGAUCUACUCGAACAAUUGCAAGUUGCAUUCCGGAACCUUGAAGAUUAA